AAUCUCUCCUUUUAGGAAUAAUCGGUCCAGAGAUAGAGAGAGAGAAAGCGAAAAUGAUUGGUAAGGCUUUAUGGUUCCUUGUCUUCCUCGUCGGAACAAGCGUACAUGCGCAGCUACUACCUCCGGCGAGGCGUGAUGGAUUCGUGUAUCCACCGGGUCGGAAGAUCGACCCGAAUACGAUACUUAUCGAAGCGUAUAUUGACCCGGUUUGCUCCGAUUGCAGAGACGCUUGGGAACCGCUAAAGCUAGCGAUUGAUCACUAUGGAUCUCGCGUUGCCCUUGUUCUUCAUCUCAUUCCUUUACCCUUCCAUGACAAUGCCUUUGUAGUAUCUCGGGCUUUACACAUUGUGAAUACCUUAAACGCCAAUGCCACGUUCAAUUUGCUGGAAGGAAUCUUCAAGCAUCAGGCAUUGUUCUACAAUUCGCAAACACAACUCAUGACAAGACCUGCAGUUGUGGACAAACUAGUCAAGCUCGGAACAGUUACACUGGGAAGCUCAUAUCAUUCUCCUCUGAAAUCUGGCUUCAGCAACUCAAAUUCUGAUCUUGCCACUAGGGUUUCCUUCAAGUAUAGCGUUUCCAGAGGAGUAUCCGCGACACCAACCUUCUACGUGAAUGGGUUCGAGCUUCCCGAUGCUGGUUCUCCUAUAGAUUUUGAAGGAUGGAGAAACACCAUUGAUCCUCUGGUUAAACCACAAGAAGUAAAGAUACGAGACACCUUCCUCUCAUUCCUCACGCAACCAUCUUAUUAGUAUAGUUCUUAACAUGCUGUGUCAAACUCGCACAAUAUACAUAUUCAAUUCUCCACAUUCUGUCUGUAAAAUAAUAAGCAUUACUCUCAUACAUUUUCUUUUGUUACAUGUUCAAAUCUUCACAGAUGUAAAUAUUUGACCAAAAUUUCAGAAGUGCUAAGGAGUUUU